GUUGCAUUUUGCAGUUACCUCCACUUCCCCCAUUCCCCUUGCUGUCGCUCCCGACUCCCGAGCAGCGAAAGCUCGGCGAGCGGCGGCGGCGGCGGCGGAGGCCAGCCACCUGCAUAUUGCCUUCGCUAGACAUCACGAGUAGAAAGCAACGCCGAGCAGAUAGGGUCCCAACUGAAACCCUAGAAUAACCUCAGAGCUGAUCAACUGAGCGCCCGCCGCAAUGCUCUCUCGCGCCGCCGCCAUCCGCCGCGGCGCUGCGGCUGCGUUCUCCACGGUGUCGGAGAAGCCGGAGACGGGACUGUAUGGCUUCUACGUUCUGCGCACGGCGAAGGGGUUCCGCCGCUUCGUCGACGACGCCAUCGAGCGGUCGGACGAGCUCGUCGCACACGUCGCGGGGUUGCCGUCGGCCCCUGAGAUUGUCCGUGCCAUGGACGAGAUUUCCAAUACCGUUUGCUCGGUCAUUGAUUCGGCGGAGCUGUGCAGGAACACUCACCCUGAUAGGGAAUUUGUGGAGGAGGCAGAUAAGGCGUCAAUGAGGAUUUAUGAGCAUCUUCAGUACCUGAAUACAAACACUACUUUGUACAAUGCUAUACUAAAAGCUGAGGGUGAAAGUGUCCUGCUCACAGAGGAAGCUAGAAGAGCGGCAACUACCUUGCGUAUUGACUUUGAAAAGGGAGGGAUUCAUCUUCCUGAAGAUAAACUUGAGCGUGCUAAUCAGCUGAACCUUGAGAUUGCCCAGCUGGGUAGAAAGUUCAGUGAAAACGUAAUGGACAAACCAGGUUUUGUGGAUGUAUACCCAGCUUCACGGGUCCCAAGAAACCUGCGGCACCAUUUCCAGUCUGUUUACCGAUUUAAUUCUGGAAGUUUUGAGAAGCAAAGCAACCAGUUUGGCAAUGCAAAGCAGAAGGGUCUAAGGAUUGUAACAGACUCGGAAAAUCUAUCAUCAGCACUAAGAUGUAUUUCUGAUGAGGAAGUCAGGAAACAGGUAUACAUUGUUGGGAACUCUGAACCUCGAGAAAAUAUUGGUGUUCUUAAUGAACUUAUAGAUGCUCGUGAUGAGCUUGCAAAGAUUAUGGGAUGCAAAUCGUAUGCUGACUUUGCUAUUCGUCCGAACAUGGCUGCAUCAGCUGAUGUAGUUAUGUCAUUUCUCGGAGAUUUGAGUAACAUUGUUAGGCAUAAAGCUGAUGAGGAAUUUAAGGCUAUACAGGAUUUCAAGAGAAGAAUAUGUUAUGAAAAGAGUGCUGAUCUUGAACCCUGGGAUGAAGAUUACUUCAUUGGAAUGAUGAAAUCUUCUUUAAACAACCUGGAUGCUUCCGUCAUUGCAAAAUACUUUCCCUUGUCACAAUGCCUAAAAGGUCUGAAUGUGCUGGUUGAAUCAUUAUUUGGUGCCACAUUCCAUCAAAUUCCUAUGAGGGAUGGAGAGUCAUGGCAUCCAGAUGUGAUAAAGCUCUCACUCCGUCAUCCUGAUGAGGGUGAUUUAGGAUUCAUGUAUCUUGAUCUCUACUCCAGGAAGGGUAAAUAUCCAGGAUGUGCUCAUUUUGCUGUCCAAGGAGGGCGGAGAUUAUCGGACUCAAAUUACCAACUUCCGAUCAUCGCCUUAGUUUGCAACUUCUCAAAUUCUAGUGGAAUAACUGCAAGGCUUAACCAUGGGGAUGUUGAAACUCUUUUUCAUGAGUUUGGGCACGCCCUUCAUUCUCUGCUAUCAAGAACGGAAUAUCAGCAUUUCUCUGGUACUAGGGUUGCUCUUGAUGUAGCUGAAAUUCCCUCAAACCUCUUUGAAUGUUAUGCGUGGGACUAUCGUGUCCUGAAGACAUUUGCUCUAGAUGAAACAACUGGAGAUGCAAUACCAGAAAAGCUGGUAAAGGCGCUAAAUGCUUCUCGGAAUAUGUUUCCUGCUACUGAGCUCCAGCGGCAGAUCUUCUACUCUAUAAUGGACCUAACCUUGUUUGGGGAGCAAGCAUCCAAGCCUAUGGACACAAUUUCCACUGUUGCUGAUUUGAGAAGGAAGCACACGAGUUGGAAAUGUGCAGAAGGCACACACUGGCAUACCCGGUUUACCCAUCUCAUAAACUAUGGUGCUGGCUACUAUAGCUACCUCUAUGCUCGGUGUUUUGCCACAACAAUCUGGCAGGAAAUAUGCCAAGAUGAUCCAUUGUCCUGCAGUGCAGGCAGUGCCAUUAGGGAUAAAUUCUUGCGGUAUGGCGGGUCAAAGGACCCAUCAUCCUUGCUAAAGGAUUUCGCAGGUGAUGCCAUCAUUAGAAACUCUGGUGGCGGAAUAAUCCCUGACAUUAGUUCCUUAUGCAAAGAAAUUGGUUUGUGAAAUACCAUCGAGGGUGGAGGCUGUCACUGUUCUGUUUGACCCUGAACUGGACUAACAGGCAAAGAAGCCUGAAGCGAUCGAGAUGCUGAAUUGAGGUGCUUGAUCUCUCGACAUGACAGCGGGUGCGAGCUGCAGGUCCAGCUGAUCUACUCGUAUGGGAUUAGUAUCAAGGAAUUCAAUUGGUUACCCCCACAGGACCCUUAUCUGAAGUUGGAUAGGUCUCGUGGACCUCAGUUAUCUUCAUCGUUCAUCCAUUUCUGCUGCUGCAUGCUGGGAGGGUUGUUCCGUGAUCUGUCAAGCUCAGCUCUGCUUCCCUGACCUGGACAAUCUGUUGUCAAUCAAUGGCUAUUCUAUUUUGUAACUUCUAAGACUGUCAUUCUUUGAUGUAUUCAUGAUACUUCCAAAAGCCUUGCGACAGAAGCUCGCUUAUGUUGCUAGAUGCAGAUGAGGCUGAUUUAGUCGUAUGAGUUCAAUUGGUUCCCCAUAGGAUCGUAAUGUGAAAUUUCGGUGGGUCUCCUGGGCCCUCUCAGUUAUCUUCAUCGUUUCACCUAUUUCAGGUGUUAUUCACGUUUGAGAUGUUGUCAUUCCAUCCUACUCCCAUUGUAUGGUAGUGAUCUUUUGGAAACAAGGAAGCGAUUUUAGAAUCGA